CUCUUUCUCUCUCUCUCAUCAUCAUCAUCAUACCGAAAGAAAAGAAAAUUAUAUAUCCCACAAAAGGUGAAAGGUGGGAAAGAAAGUGAAAAUUCUUGAGGAGAACCAUAUUCAAAGUAAAGGGAAAGAUAUAAGCCAAAAAACAAGAACAUAUAGCUUAAAGUUUAUAGGAAGGAAGAGAAGGGUUGGCUCAUCUUCAUCUCUCCUCCCCCUGCCCCUCUUCUUUUGGUUGCUUCAGCCUUUUCUGAAAGUGGGUUUUCAAGGGUUUCAACAGUUUUGCCUUCACAAGGGGUGAGAAAUUGUGUUGAUAUGCUUGGUGGGUUCAGGUUUUCCACGGUGCGAUGGUAAAGCCCAGAACAUGGGAAAGAAAGGGAGUUGGUUUUCUGCAAUCAAGAGGGUUUUCAUACCCAACUCCAAAGAGAAACUAGUCAACGGAACAGAGAGGAAAAAUGCGAAAGAGAAGAAAAAGAAAGGGCGAGAUACACAUUCUUUUAUUCCGCUCUUCAGAGAGCCAAGUAGUAUUGAAAAAAUAUUAGGGGAUGCUGAAAGAGAGCAGCAAAAUAAAAUAUUUCUUAGGCCUCCAACGCCUUCUGAGACACCAAAAGUACCAACUCCUGUGCCUCCUAGAGUUUCCUCUCCGAGGGUAACUUCUCCAAGGGCUGCUGCUUCACCGAGGGCUGCUGCUUCACCGAGGGCUGUUGCAUCACCGAGGGCUGUUGCAUCACCGAGGGCUGCUGCUUCACCAAGGGCUGCGUCUCCUCGGGCUUUUCAUCAUCACAAGGAAGUCAGCUACAGACCCGAACCAACUCUCAGGAAUCACCAUAUUGCAGCUAUCAGGAUCCAGACAGCAUACAGAGGUUAUAUGGCAAGGAGGAGCUUCAGAGCACUCAGGGGUCUGGUGAGGCUACAGGGAGUUGUGAGAGGCCAGAAUGUGAAGCGCCAGACAACAAAUGCAAUGAAAUGCAUGCAGCUGUUAGUGCGGGUUCAGUCACAGAUUCAGUCCCGGAGGAUCCAGAUGUUAGAAAACCAGGCACUCCAACGUCAAUCUCAAUACAAAAACGACAAGGAACUGGAGAGCAGCAUAGGCAAAUGGGCCUCAAGCCAGCCAUCUGAGGCAGGUAACAAUGAAGACUGGGAUGAUAGCCAGCUGACGAAAGAGCAAAUAGAAGCUAGGUUGCAGAAAAAGGUGGAGGCAGUCAUCAAGAGAGAGAGAGCCAUGGCCUAUGCAUAUUCCCACCAGUUGUGGAAAGCCACCCCUAAAUCAGCCCAAGCAUCUAUAAUGGAUAUCCGAUCUGGGGGAUUCCCAUGGUGGUGGAACUGGUUAGAACGUCAGCUCCCUCCGGCAAAUCCUCCUGAAAGUCAAGCCACCAAGAGCAUCCUACUAACACCCACAAGACCGACUCCAGAUCUCAGGCCAAGUCCUCGACCCCAAGCAAGCAACUACAGGCAACAGAGUUUCGGGUUUGACAAUCUUGAGUCACUCACACCAAAGUCCUCAAAAUCAGCAGUACCUGCAAGAGCAAAGACCCCUCCAAAUAGAGUGCCACAAGCGAACGGCUCAAAUCUAUCAAGAUAUCCAAAGCCGAGAGCUAGUGCAGCUGAUUCUACCUUUGAUGUGCCACUGAGAGAUGAUGAUAGCCUCACCAGUUGCCCGCCAUUUUCAGUUCCAAACUACAUGACUCCAACAGUGUCAGCUAAAGCCAAAGUGAGAGCUAACAGCAACCCCAAGGAGAGGUAUCCAGUGACUCCCAGUGCUGAAUCAAAGAGGCGGCUUUCGUUCCCUUUGGGUCAAGGCAUUGGGUCUUUCAAGUGGAACAAAGGCACCUUGUUCUCUAGCAAGGAUUCCACCUCUCAGAGGGUGAUAGAGAGGCACCAGUCUCUGCAAUCUACUGGGAAUUUGAGUGUGGAUUCGACCGUUUCUUUGCCAGCUACAGUUGGGAGGAAGCCAUUUAACCGAUUUGUGUGAUCUCUUUACCCUUUUCUUUUGUUUUCUCAACCUUCUAAAUUUCAUAUUUGGCGAGUCUUUUCUUUUUUUCUUCAUAUUGUUAAUUGAGUGUAUGGUGAUAUCUUUACAAAUUACUGAUGUAUAAUAAUAAAGAUACAGUACUAGGAAUUGAUGGUUUGAAUGUAAGAUGAUUUGGGUUUUCAAAAGAUAUCUUGUUACAUUUCCU